UUGUGAAAAAACAUCUUGAAGAAUGAGAAGCCUGAUGUGUGUGCUGUUCCUCGUGCUCUUCUGCUCUAAACAGACGACUUCACAAGCUGAUGCUUAUGCAGUUCCUGUGUGGUGUUGCUUUGAUUUUGUCGACUUCGAAAUUCCAGCCAAAAAAAUGGUCAGUGCUGUGAAGACACAUUCACAUUACCCUGUCCCUGCCAUUGUGGUUACGACACCUAGAACUGAAAUUUGUGUGAAACCAGACGAGGCUUGGAUAAAGAAGUAUAAUGGAGAAGCAGCACUGGAAAUGAAAAAACAAUACAGAUGCACAAAAUAAUACUGUUAUUGCUUUAUACAACUGUCCUUUCUUAAUAAAUAAUUUGUUUGCUGUAUCUCCUCAUCAGUAUUACAAGAUAUCAUUAAAAAAAAAACUGCUAAAUGUAACAACUGUUCACAUUUAGCACUCAAUAUGCUGACAUGUGCAGGCAGACAAAGCAAAUG